UCUCAGUGGGAGCCAACAUGCUGCCAGCCGUCCUGAAGCUCUGCUGUGGAAUCACAUACCCACAUCUACGGAGCAUGGCAGGUCUGCAGCGAGCAGCUCUGGUGGCGUUCGGCCAGGAGAUCGCACACUUGCAGAGCAGAGGACAAAUCGCCCAUCCAGGAUGGAGCCCUUUGAGGUGGACUGGAAAGACAGAGGCAGCAGAGCAGAGGGCGGCUGCAUUGGCCGAUGAGGACGUGUUUUAUCUGAAACAAGGAGAAGCAGCUCUGGAGGAAGCUCUGAUGAUCGUGGAGUCUGAGGACGGAUGGAAACUGGAGACAGCCGAGAAGAAUGGAGAUGUGAUCUAUAGUAAAGUUCUCACGGGCAACAGGAAGGUUUUCCGAUUAGAGGCCGAACUGAACGCGUCUCCGGAGGAACUUCACGACAUCUUGUUCUUCAGAAUGGAGGAGAUGCACGAAUGGAACCCCAGCAUCAGGCGCAUCAAAGUGCUGAAACACGUGGGCAGAAACACCAUGGUUACACACGAGGUUUCGGCGGAAACGGCGGGAAACCUGAUUGGCCAGCGGGACUUUCUGAGCGUCAGACAUUGGUCCAAGCGCGAGUCACGUGUUUAUUUGGGCGGAGCCGCGACGCGGUUGGAGUCUCUGCUGCCUCAGCCGGGGUUUGUCAGAGCUGAAGACGGUCCCACCUGCAUCAUCCUGCAGCCGCUUCAGGACCGACCCGACUGUAGUCGCUUCAUCUGGCUGCUCAACGUGGACGUCAAGGGUUGGCUCCCGCAGUCACUAGUGAACAAGGCUCUUCCUCAAGCACAAGCGGACUUCACUAAACACCUGCGGCGCCGGCUGGCCGCUUAAAACCCAGAAAACAACAGAUGCUGAGAUUCAGACAUCAACACCGACGGCAGACGACGAUAUAGGAAGACAAACAUGCAACAUACACCUCAGACCAACAGUAUCAAACUCAUCUUAUCAGAGUAGAACUAUAUGAAAUUGAUUUGACAAUAUAAAAUGACAAUAAAAAAUAUUUUU